GGAGAGACCAAGGGCUGUCUCGCCCAGUUGUUUUUUUCACCAUCUUCACGCUCAAGGAGAGACCAAGGGCUGUCUCGCCCAGUUGUUUUUUUCAGUGUCUACGUUAUCUCAGUUUAAUCUCCUUCUUCCACAUGCACGGCAACACUCCCUUCGGUCUUGGUGGUCUUGGUCUCAACGGUGCCGCUGAAACUUCUCUCAGCCACGACGCCUCGUCUUCACGUUCGCGUUCACGCUCUCGCGCCUCUCUCUACCCAGGCCGUAAUACAACCACCGAUGUUCUGGCGACUGUGGCCUUGUUGCCCCCCGAGCAACAGGCCUUGGUCAAACUCUUGGCGAAGGAGCUCGCCUCCAAGGAGCUAGAGCAGCUCAAACAGGCACACGGUGCCGCAAAUGACUUAAAUGUCAGUACGGGCGUCCCCAUCGUGGCCGCUGCUCCGCCCACUCUCCUCUACGAAGUAUCUGCCGAGGUUCAUAAGGCCAGCUUUGAGGAGGACUACCCCAUCCAUCCCGAAAUCUCCACCCUUUUCGAUGUCGGCAUCCGCACUCCCCUCACUCUCUUCACCAAAAAGGCCCUUCGCACCCUACAAUACGACGCCUCCGCCUACCGGAAGAAACGCACCAUCGGCCAGCGCUCUUUAUAUCUGCUAGACACGUCCGCCUUUGGUCGGGAGGACGAGAUGUCGUUGCAGGAUUGGAAGGUAGCGUUCCCAAACUACAUCGCCUUUCUGGGCUCCGUCGCCGAUGCUCCCAUAUGCGAGCGUUGGAGACAGCACUUCGCUAGGCUUGCUGCACUAGAGUCCCUGGAGGAAUGUUUUGAUACCUUGUUGCAGUUCGAUAUCGAUGAACGGUGCAAGUAUCACGCUCGUCCAUUUGCCUUCAACCCGGAGAUCUACUUUAGGAACCUCGAUCAGGCUUGUGACAAGUCUUCGGAACAAAGACGUGCGGGUCGGGUAGAUCAGCUCAACAGUGAGGUUUCCAGACUUCUCGACGAGCUCUCCGGUGAGUAUGCUCCUGCAGAUGAUUUCAGAAGUCAAGGACAGGACCCGAUGGACUGGCCCGAUUUUGAAGGGUAGCUGUGUCUUCCGCCUUAGUUUUCUCAUUCAUCCUCCCCAGACCGCAUCCCCUUCGUGAACAUUUCCCUUUCAAUGCCUUCCCAAUUAUCCUGCCGCAUAUUUCAUCUGUUCUCAGUCGUCACUCCUCCUUCUGUGUUUCAUUCCUGUUGUACUUCCCAUGUUAAGAAUACAUAUUGCUGUUUCGCCUUCGGGCACCGC